UCUUGAGCGGCAGCCCUGCCGCCAUUCCGCGAAAUUAAACCGACGAGACCAAGAAUCAAGGAGGAGGACAACCCGAGUGGCAGGCAACAAGGCAGGAGAAGGCUUGCCGCCGGAGGGAAAAUGCAAGGGAAAGGAGGCAGUCCCCUCUUGAGGAAAUUAAAAGCGAGCCCCUUUGCGCCCGGGAGGGAACAUGGAAGGUUCUUGUCUUCUUGCCAGCUACACCGUGUAAAGCAUCUCGAGGCGGGAGGGAGCCUCAGGUGUGGUGUGGUGUAGUGUGGUGCGGUCAGUGGGUGUGGCCAAGAGAUGGAUGCAGAUAAACAGUUCCUGGUGGUUGGAGGGCUGCUGCUGCUACCGCCACCACCUUUAAUGGACGCAGGCUCGACGGGCCGGGCAAGGUAGUAUAUGGCAACGAGAGGGAGGAAGGAAGCAUGCAACGCAAAAUGAGCACUCUGAUUGAGCAGAGCAGGAGCUGUGAGCAGUCGUAUCACGUCUCGAGGACACGGUUAGUUAGAGCAUAGCUGUCAAAUCUUCAACCUUUUGUCAUAUUAUUAUAGUAUCUCUAUGCAACUGCUAUAAUUUUCUAAUAUUCAGUAUUGAUAUAAUAGUAUUUAAAAAAUGAUGGUACAUUUUGUACAGAUUUAGGAUACCCCUUCACCAAUGUACAGAGCACAACACUUUUGUAACCGCACAAGGAGUGUACUGCUGUUCAAAAGAACAUUUUCAGCAGUUCUCCGUUCCUACACCAAAUAUAUAUAAAAAACUAUAUCCAUGAGGAUGGUGAGGCUAUGGAAGGUGGUAGACUGGCUACUACCCUAGGCAGGCUGCAAUAAUGCGAUAGUUUGUUUGGUUGUCUAAAAUCUAAACUAUAGCCAAGCUCCAGUAGUAUAAAAAGAAGUGUGGUGUUUGAUUUUUAGGGACUAAUUUUUAAGUACUAUAAUUUAUUAGUUUUUCUAUUUAGCAAUUUAUGGACUAAAAUAUAAUAAGAUGUAGGGACUAAAAAUUACUCCCUAAAAAUUAAACAUGUAUGCCAUAUUUAAGUGUUUCUAGCAGACUAGCUACGACUAUGCAGAUUCUUACUUAUGUGCAUAGACGUCGAAAUACUUUUUCAACUGUCUCUUUUUUUGGCUAAAUCUCUUAAUUAAAAUAUCUUUUCACUAAGCUAAUUUUAUACAGUUUCAAGAACCAGACUAGACCGGUCAAUACCAUAUAAAUAUGGAAAUCUCUAUCUCUACUAACUAUUAAGACGAUAGUGUAGACCGUCGGGAUGCCCCCGCCUCCCCUCCACGCUCGCACCCGCCCUGUUCCCCUCGCCCGCACAAACCGCCCCAUCCGUGAGCCGCGCACGGGCCAUCUGCAUGCCGCAUCCACCCAAUCCUCUCGCCGUCUAUCCCCUCCACGUGACCGCCGCCCCAACCCAUCCCCUCCCCGUCCAGUGUCCGCUCCCUCCGCAUUCCCCCCUUUGUUAUGGUCUCUUGUUCUCCAUUCCUUGUUUUCGUAUUGGCCUAGGGAUCUGCGUUUCACCAUAUGCAGUUAUCGGGGAUCCUGCGUCAGGUGCAGGACAGGCACAAGAGAAUAGCGGCAUCGAAAUACAUUGUGAUGAUGAAGAGGAGGGAUCUGAGAAUGCAGAACAUAACAACAACUUGGAAAGCCCAAAGGAAGUUGAUGCAAGUGCUGAAUCACGAGAAGCAAAUGGUAAAUCAGAAAAUCUGAAAGAUGUAACUAACUUGGACAAACUGCAAGAGAAGACUGGUAGCAGCAGCUCUACAGAAGCAAUCAAAGCCUUAGAGGGAUUGAUGGAAACAAACAGGGACUUUGAAGAACUAAAAGAUUUGAAUGGAAGCUCAGAAGAAUUGGAAGAAGAGAAUAAUGGCAACAUGGAAAAGCUGGUAGAACUCUUCUUGGAUAAGGGGUUGUUGGAUGAACUGAAGCCCAUAAAAGUUGAGUCCCAGCGGCGGGUACGUGCAACACUUAGCAUCAUUGACAAAAUGAUGAUCUCUCGGGUAGUGAAGGGUGGUAAUGGUGCAAAUGAUAUUCAUGGAAACGAUGGAGCACAACUUACUUCUAUUGAAGAGGAAGGAAGGACUGCAGAAGUGAGUGAUGACGGAGAUCCAGCUGAGGUUGAGUCUUGUGUUGCAGAGAAGGUGGAACUUGGACAUGAGACAACUCAUGAUUCUACAUGUACUGCUUUGGAUGGAGGCAAUGAUGGGUCCUAUUUUCCUUGGAGGGAGGAGCUUGAGAGCUUGGUUCGCGGAGGUGUGCCAAUGGCUCUUAGAGGAGAGAUAUGGCAAGCAUUUGUGGGUGUUGGUGCUCGAAGGAUUCCUAGGUACUACAACAAAUUGCUUGAUGACAGGACUGAGACAUUGGAUGAAAAGGAUCUUGUGGACCCAGUGGUCAAUGAACAGGGAAGUGCACCCAGAAAAGUUACCCAGCCUGAGAAAUGGAAAGGACAGACAGAGAAGCUUGGAAUAUUCGUUCUCGUAUCUGUCAUCUUAGCUGGAGCCUGGUUUGGUUAUUGGGGUGUCCGUAAAUUUGUCCUGGCAGAAGAUGGAUCUGUUGACGAGGGUGUGGCUUAUUUUGUUGAGUGGGCUAUCUUGAUUGUUUCAGCCGUUAUGAUCCUCCAGAGUUCUCUGGACUAUCUCUUUGCAUUUACAACUCUAGUAUUAUGUGGAAUCAUCAAAGUGAUUGCAAGAAUUGAGGGAAAGUCAAAAGUUUUACGCUAUAUAUUCGGGGGACUUUCUGAUGGUACCUCUCGUAAUUCAUCCCGUUAUGGAGAUUUUGAUGAAGACUAUUCUAGCAUGAAUGAAGAUCGCCAAGAUGGAUUUGGCAAUCUUCAUGGUGGAUACCAGAGACAUGCACCGAGAAGAAACUCACCUCUUGCAGGCUCAGCAAAGACAUUAUCGCAAGGUGUUGCUAUGGAUAGCUUCUAUUCUACAUUUCACACUACCCCAGAGAGGAUGGAAUUCACAAAAGAGGAAUAUGAAGCAUUCACCAGAAAGGAGACGAAGAAAGCUAUGAAGCAACUGUUGUCAUCACCGGAUUUCAACAGGUGGGCAUUGGCUAAUGCAGACAGGAUAUCUGUGGCUCCACCAGGAGGAAGCUACAGCAGUAACAACAGCCAGCAGCGGCAUCGUUUCUUGGGACUGUUUUGAGCUGUGCCUGCGUGUGUGUGGUGUGCUUUCUUAGCAGCAAUAGGAGUGCUCAUUGCUCAGUGAUGAUUCCAUGUGAGUUGAUUAGCAAGGUUUAGGAUAACAUCUGAGUGUUCCACUUUGAGGUGGCAGCAAAUAUGUAGAAUAUUGUAGUUUAGGCGCAUCUUAGGUCCAAAGUCCAAAUGGCAUCUGUAUCUUGUAACAUUAAGUGGUACUGUACAGUGCCCGAGGUGAGUGUAUCUCAACUUGUUGAGCUGAAUUUCACGUUCGAUCAUCAUUAUGACAGUUUGAAUUUAUUCAAAUCAUCAUUAUGAUAGGAUGAAAAGUAUUCAAGUGUUCUAUGCCUGCAUAGAAAGUAAGUUGUGUUGAAUUGUCGUGUGCGGUAAGCAGUGGUUUGGGUUUGUAGUUGAUUUUGUAAGGGACUCUAUUCUCAUCACCGCCUGUAAACUAAUGAUCUGCUCUGGUUUGUUCAA